CACUCUGUCAUCUUAUAUACACGUUACCCUUCACGAUAACUCGAUUUUGCAUUGACCGGUGUUUAGAAAUAAUAUUUUAUAAAUUAUAAUAAUGAUACUUUCUUCGUAUAAUAGACUAAUGCAUUUGCUCGCGUUUAUUAUUUGUUCCUUUCUAAUAUGUGCUCAUUCCGAUGUGCCGAGACCUCGCGGAGUUUCUCUAUCUAAAGCGUCGCUGUAUUCGCCGACGAAAGACUUCACCUGUUUCGACGGAACUGUUACAAUUCCGUUUAGCUAUGUAAACGACGAUUAUUGUGACUGCUUCGACGGCAGCGAUGAGCCAGGAACUUCUGCGUGCCUAAACGCCGUGUUCCAUUGCACAAACGCAGGUCAUCGGCCACAAAACAUUCCGAGUUCGCGGGUCAACGACGGAGUGUGCGACUGUUGCGACGGAACCGACGAGUAUGCGGGGCCCGAUGCUUGCCCGAACACCUGCGAGGAGCUUGGCCGAGAGGCCAGGGCCGAAGCUCUCAGGCUAGCCGAGCUACACAAAGAAGGAAGCCAGAUCAGAUUAGAGCUUAUCGAAAAAGGUAACAAAAAGAGAAACGAGAUGGCAGAACAAUUAGCCCAAUUAGAAAAAGACAAAUCAGAGGCUGAAACGAUCAAAGCAGAAAAAGAAGACAUUAAAAAUGAAUUAGAGCUGAAAGAGAAUGAAGCCCUUAAAGUGUACAGGGAGGCAGAGGAGAAAGAAAAACAAAAAAAAGUUGAAGAGGAGAAUCAACAAACCAUUAAGGAUGCCACUGAACAGUUCAACAGGUUUGAUUCAAACCAAAAUGGCCAAUUAUCUGUAGAGGAAAUAAAAGUAGUUAAUGUUUUUGAUAAAAAUAAGGAUGGUGAAGUGGACCAAGAGGAAUAUCAGCAUUUCUUUGGGGAAAAUGAAAAUGUUAAUCUGGAGGUAUUUAUAUCUACCACCUGGCCCAUGUUGAAGCCACUGCUUAUGAUGGAGCAGGGCAUGUUCAAACCUGCAGAAUUAGAACAUGAGUCUGUUCGAGAAACAGAUGCAGAUGACCUCUCCAGGGAGCUAGAGAAUGAAGACUUAGAAGGAGCUGAGGAUGAGAACAUGGAUGAUGAUCUGCCUCAUGAAGAUGACCUUGAUUUGGAACAAGAUCAUGCUAAAGGCUAUGAUGAGGAAACUCAAAGAUUGGUCAAUGAAGCCACUGAAGCAAGACGCCAGUUUACUGAUGCUGAAAGAGCCGUACGUGAGAUUGAGUCUAGCAUUCGAAACAUUCAGCAAAAUCUUGAGAAAGACUAUGGGCUGCAACAGGAAUUUGCAACAUUAGAUGGCCAAUGCUUUGAAUAUGAAGAUAAAGAGUACAUUUACAGACUGUGUAUGUUCCAGAAAAUGACACAGAAAUCCAAGAAUGGAGGCUCUGAAGUUGGGCUAGGUAAUUGGGGAGAAUGGGGAGGUGAAGAGAAUAAAAAAUAUUCUGUGAUGAAGUACACUAAUGGACUGGCCUGCUGGAAUGGGCCAAACAGAAUAACCACUGUGAAUAUACACUGUGGACUAGAAACUAAGAUGUUGUCGGUCACUGAGCCAUUCCGUUGUGAAUACAAAGUGGAGCUCAGCACCCCUGCAGCUUGUGACAAUAAUGUGUCACAAACACAUUCUGCUCAUGACGAGCUGUGAGCUCCUGGUGAGCUACAUACUCACUUUACACUGUGUUUGUUGUAAGUUAGUUGUAUACAUUUUUCAGUCAAUAGAUUUUCACUAAGGAGAAAAUGUCAGAACACAAUUGAUGCAUCAUUUUCUUCAUAAUAAAGUUCAUAAUGAAAGUACCUAUCGUCUCAUAGAAGUAGAUUUAAGUAGUAAAAAAUGUUUCUUUAGUAUAAAAUAAAUUAUUUUUCUUGAAAUCAUGAUUAAGUUCAUUUAAUGUAUUAUUUUUCUAAAAUCGAUUGCUGAGUUUUUUCUUGUGAACAGAUUAAACAUUGCAUCAAUAAGUUUUUCACACAUUCCUCAUCAUUUAAGGCUGUUUUAUGUUAAAAGUGAAUAAUGAGUGAACAAAAAGUAAUUGUGAUUAAAUAAAUUGUUUUAAAA